AUGUUUUUAACCAUAAGUGAUCAACUGAAUAUAACUUUCUAUAGCCAACUCGGCUAUUGUUCGUCCUUCCUUUUCCCAGUCAAAAUAGGCUGUAGUAGAUCAGUCAAUCCUUCUCUCCCUCUAAAUAUUCCAUUCAUUUCCUCAUCAAACAUACAAAAAAAAAUUCCCUCCGUUCCUCUAUAUUUUAUACCAAUUUGGGCAGCUGACUGACUGACAUUGAUGUGAGCAGCUCAAUUCAACUUUUCAUUUCCAAGUGUGAGUGAAUAGAUUCGGCUGGUCGAGAGGAAAAUUAUGAUGAUGAUGGUGAUGAGAGUUAGGUAGAGUUUAGUAAAAGUGAUGGGUUGGCGAAUGAGUGAAUGAAUAUAUUUAUUUAUAAAUAAAUGAGUGAAGCGAGCGAUCUGCCCAUUUUUGGGGUAGCGGUGUGCGUUCGUUCACCUCCAACAAGCAGAGGCAGGUAUAUGUUCUUAUUGACACUUUCUCUCUCUAUAUCCUUAACGAUUUUCCAUUUUUUCCAAGUUUAGCCAGAUCUCCUUACCAAAAUCUUUUGCUGAGGUGAGGGGAGAGAAAGUCGAUCUAUGAUUUAUUGCUAGGUGAAUUAUUGCUUCAUAAAGGUAAUCAU